AUGGCACGGAAAAGCUCCUUCUCAAUCUGCGAGGCAGCAGAAAUGGUAUUUCCAGACCCAAUAGCGACCAGCAACUCAGUAGAACACAACACUCAAUAUAUAUAUCCAGACCUUGAGAAGGGAACCGCAAGUUCCGACCUCGAUCGGAUGAAAGUUCGGAACUUGGGAGAAAAUGGGAAUGAGAAACUAACACCGUUCGAGCGCGAAUCUCUUUGCACAACACCAAUGUCAGAAGAACCGCAAUCCGACAUACUCGAAUUCUAUGGCAAAGGCGACCCCCUGCAUCCUUUCAACUGGAGUGUUAAGAGAAAAGUCUUCAUAUCUUUCAUACUCGGCUUUACCACAUUCACGGUAGCAUUCAGCUCUGCCCUUUUCUCUACCGCGACUUCACACGUCGCAAAAGAGUUCCACGUUUCUGACGAAGUCGGUGUCCUCGGCGUCUCGCUAUACGUCCUUGGUUUUGCAACGGGGCCUGUCUUCUGGGCGCCACUGUCCGAGCUGCAAGGACGCAGAUGGCCCAUUGUCGUCUCGUUGCUUAUGUUUGCAGUUUUCCAACUUGGAGUAGCGGCUGGAAAAGAUCUACAGACUGUCCUGCUCUGUCGAUUCUGGUCCGGGCUGUCUGGCGCUUCGCCUAUGACGAUUGGAGCAGCCAUAUUCUCGGACAUGUUUGAUGACCGGACUCGAGGUCUAGCAAUUACGGUAUUUUCAAUGAAUGUCCUUACGGCCCCGUUACUUGCCCCAUUCGUAGGCGGGUUUAUCACUGAAAACCUUGGGUGGAGAUGGACGGCAUGGAUUGUUGCGAUUAUGGGAUUUGUCGCCUUUGGGUUGGAUCUUGUGUUCUUGAAAGAGACAUACGGCCCUAAGAUUCUGAGUUCAAAAGCAGCCGAGCUGCGUCGUCGGACUAAUAACUGGGCCAUACAUACAAAUUACGACGAGGUCGAACUCGAUAUGCGACAGCUCCUCACAAACAACUUCACUCGUCCACUACGCCUUCUUUUCUUGGAACCGCUGAUCCUGCUUCUCUCGGCAUAUCUCGCAUUUAUCUAUGGCCUUCUUUAUCUCUUCCUCACGGCAUAUCCCAUUGUUUUCCAGCAGAUUCAUGGGAUGAGUCAAGGCGUGGGUGGUUUACCUUACCUGGCUAUGGUCCUUGGAAUGUUUCUUGCUGGGUUCACAAUUAUCCUUACCCAGCCUUGGUAUCAAAGGAAACUAGCCGAGAACAAUGGAGUCGUGAUUCCAGAAUGGAGAUUGCCCCCAGCGAUUUUUGGUGGGUUUAUGUUUGCGAUUGGGGUAUUUUGGCUUGGUUGGUCUGGCUACAAGAAAGAUAUUCAUUGGAUAGCCCCGACGCUCUCAGGGAUUUUCACGGGAUAUGGUCUGCUGUCCAUCUUCCUCCAGUCUCUCAACUAUCUUGUUGACUCAUACCUGUUAUACGCGGCCUCAGCCAAUGCUGGGAGUACAAUACUUCGGUCUCUAUGCGGUGCCGGAUUCCCUCUCUUCGCCAGCGCUAUGUUCAAGAACUUAGGUGUCAAUUGGGCGUGCACACUGCUGGGAGGUAUUGCUACUAUAUGUGUUCCAAUUCCCGUACUGUUCUAUAUAUAUGGGCAUAAGCUGAGGGAGCGGAGCAAAUUUGCGGGAUGA